CAGAGGGCGAAAUGAGUCUGGUAGGGGGUUUUCCUCACCACCCCGUGGUGCACCAUGAGGGCUAUCCGUUCGCCGCUGCUGCCGCCGCAGCCGCCGCUGCAGCCGCCAGCCGCUGCAGCCACGAGGAGAACCCCUACUUCCAUGGCUGGCUUAUUGGCCACCCCGAGAUGUCGCCCCCUGACUACAGCAUGGCCCUGUCCUACAGCCCCGAGUAUGCCAGCGGCGCCGCCGGUCUGGACCACUCCCAUUACGGGGGAGUGCCGCCCGGUGCGGGGCCUCCUGGCCUGGGGGGGCCGCGCCCGGUGAAGCGCCGGGGCACCGCCAACCGCAAAGAGCGGCGCAGGACUCAAAGUAUCAACAGCGCCUUCGCCGAACUGCGCGAAUGCAUCCCCAAUGUGCCCGCCGACACAAAACUCUCCAAGAUCAAGACGCUGCGCCUGGCCACCAGCUACAUCGCCUACCUCAUGGACCUGCUGGCCAAGGACGACCAGAACGGCGAGGCAGAGGCCUUCAAGGCAGAGAUCAAGAAGACAGACGUGAAAGAGGAGAAGAGGAAGAAGGAGCUGAAUGAAAUCUUGAAAAGCACAGUGAGCAGCAACGACAAGAAAACCAAAGGCCGGACUGGCUGGCCACAGCACGUCUGGGCCCUGGAGCUCAAGCAGUGAAGAAGAGAAGGAGGAGAGAGCGAGUGAGUCGGGUCCAAGGCGCCAGAAGCAGACCCAGGACUCCGGGCAAGCCCUCGGGCUGCGCUCCGAGGACUUCUUGCAUUUGGAUCAUCUGGUUUAUUUAUGUGCAAUUUCCUUCCCCCUCUCUUUGGCCCCCUUUGAGGCAUCCGCUCCCCACCUCCCCCUCCAAAAAAAGUGGAUAUCUGAAGAAAAGCAUUCCGUAUUUUAAUAUGAAGAGGACACUCCUGCGUGGUAAGGGAUCCCGUCGACUCCUAGAUUCUCUGUGUGUGAAUGUUCCCUCUUGGCUGUGUAGACACCAGCAUUACCCCCUCCUUGCCUACCCAGCUCCUUCCAGAUAAAGACAGCGGACACUAGUGCGUGUGUGAAGUGUAUUCUUAAUACUUGGCCUUUGGAUAUAAAUAUUCCUGGGGAUUAUAAAGUUUUAUUUCAAAGCAGAAAACAGGGCCGCUAACAUUUCCGUUGGGGUUGGCAUCUAGUGCUGUUGUUUCAUAUGUGGUGUUCCCUAUUCAAAGAUGUUUCCAACAGCUACUUGUUUGUGCACUUCCGUCCUCUAAAACUAAGUGGAAUUUAAUUAAUAUUGAAGGUGUAAACGUUGUAAGUAUUCAAUAAACCACUGUGUGUUUUUUUUUUUACAAAACCCCUAAUCUUUUAAUGGUUGAUACCUCAGAAGAGUUUUGAAAACAAAGCUGUUAUACUUGUUUUCAUAAUAUUUAAAAUAUUCAGAAGUAAACUAAAUUAUCAUAAUUGCCUCUAACUUUAUUUGAAAGAGUCAGUGAUUCCAAUCAAUCAAGGUGACUUGUGGUCCUAGAGGCAGAGGAGGUGUUGUUAAAGAGAUGCUCCUUGCUGAAAUCUGCCCAAGGGCCUGGGCUCUAUCCCAGUGACUUACUCUUCCCUCUACCAACCCCCUACUCCCAGGAGACCACUGAGUGAUCUUUAGAAGGAGGCACUGGGCCAGAGAAUGGCUACAGUUGGCUGGGAAGGUGGAAAGGUGUCUUGUUUUCCUGAAAUCUAUCAGAUGCCAUUUGUGGGGGCCUGGGUUCGUGUUUGGGGGGCGCAUUUUCCUGGGAGGAGGUGUAAGGACAAUCCCGGGUGUUAUAGCAACGGCAGGAAAUAGUCUAAGGCAUUUCGUUCAAAAUAUAGGGCUUUUAUCCAAGGGGAGAAAAAGGAAGGGAAAGAAAAAAAAGAAAGGAGGCGGUUUUGCUUUAGUCUGUAGAUCAGAGGCUUCUCUUCUAGGCAAGCUAGAUUGGGGGCGUGGGGGGGGACUUUUGAAAAAAAAAUCUAUGAUUAGGUAACAAGGAAUUUUACGUCAAGUAAGAAAUCGCGAACAAGACCACAGAUUUAAAGGGGGGCCAGGAGUGGGUUAGAUUUACAAGGAGCUACAAGGAACUCAAUAUUAA